CUCUCGUCACUCCACUCCAGCCCCUCCUCUAGAUCUCUCUCCCCCCCCUCCUCACACGCACUCACUCUCGUCACUGAGGCUAGCUACUAGCUGGUACUGGAAGCCUGGAACACGCACUGUCACUUGCUCGUUUCAAGGACCUGCCCUGUGCCAAUUAAGUAGUACGCCGUCGUACGGUUUGCUCUGAGCUAGCUCUUCGUGUUCGCGAUGGCGUCGGAGUGGGAAAUGGCCAUGGGGGUGGAGCUCGGCAUGGGAAUGGGCGGCACGUACCACCACAACGCCUCCAGCAUCACCACCGCGCCGAUGAUGAUGAGCAGCCAUCCCCACAGCCACAGCGGCGGCGCCGCCAGCUACUCCACGCCGCACCACCACCAUUACUACGGCGGGAUGCCGCCCAUGGGCGACGCCAUGCGCGUCGACGACCUCCUCGACCUCUCCACCCCCGGCGCCGGCGCCCAUGAGUUCUUCCCCACCGCGGCGCCGGCCACUGACAAGGGGCACCACUCGUCGGGGGCCAUGGGUGAGCCCUCACCCACCGCCAACUCGUCGGAUCACCGGACGUCGGCCCUCUCCUUCGCCGAUGAGUUCUACAUACCCACCGAGGAAGCUGCGGAGCUGGAGUGGCUAUCCAAGUUCGUGGACGACUCCUAUUCGGACAUGCCGAAUUACUCGUCCGCCACGCAUGCGGCGAUGGCGGCGGCGGCUGCUGCUGCUGCUAACGCGGCAGGCAACGGAGGAGGCACCACCUCGGCCGGUCAAGACAGCGGCGUCGCCGCGGCGCCUGGCCGCGGCGCGCGCAGCAGGCGGUCCCGCGCGACCGCCGCGGCUGCCGCGGUGUGGCACUCCCUCGUGCCGCGCCCGCCGUCUCAGUCGUCCCCUUCAUCGUCGUCCUGCUCGUCCUCGGACUUCCCGUCGUCGAACAAGCCGGCGCGCCCGAACGGCGGCAGCCGCGGCAAGAAGGUCCCGGGUCCCCCCGGCGGCGGGCCCGCUGGCGGGGAGGCGGGCCUGGAGGGCGGCGGCGUGCGGCGGUGCACGCACUGCGCGUCGGAGAAGACGCCGCAGUGGAGGACGGGGCCGCUGGGCCCCAAGACCCUCUGCAACGCGUGCGGCGUGCGGUUCAAGUCCGGGCGGCUGAUGCCCGAGUACCGGCCGGCGGCCAGCCCCACCUUCGUGCUCACGCAGCACUCCAACUCGCACCGCAAGGUCAUGGAGCUGCGCCGCCAGAAGGAGCUCAUCCUCAUCCGCGGAAGCCACCGCGACGCCGCCGCAGGAUCCGCCGCCGGCGGGCCGAGGCCGGAGCUCAUGUUCCGUGACUACGGCGUGUGUUAGCCCGCUGCCCGGCAAACCGGCACCGAGGAGGCUCGCGUCGUGCGUUGCAUGCAUGGAGCUUUAGAUCCUUUUGCGAAAUUCUGCCGUUUCUGCCUUUUUUUUAAUCUUUCCCUGCGCGUUCCAGAUAUUUCCGUUUCUUUCUCUUUUGUUAAUUCUUAAAUUGUUGGUACCUACCUACCUCAUCCCUGCUUGAGAGAUCAAUGAAUUCUGUUGGUA